AUGGUGCUACUGAAGGAACAGAUUGCAAACCCAAGCUUGGGAGAUACGGAACACGCAUCAGAAACAACCUUUGAAGCUAUGGAUUUGAGUGGACAGGAGGGACAAGGAUGCCAGCAACCCGCCGAGGGUGUUCAAGUACCUCUUGCUCGUUCGUGCUCGAGGAAAGGAGAGGAGCAUCAGAAUGACCUUGCUCCACUCUUCCGUCUCCCAGACGAGAUCCUCGUGGAAAUAAUAAAGCACGGGGGUGAGACGAAGAUAGAUGGGAGAGGCGAUAGUUUGGAGAAGACAGUGUCGCAUGUGUCCAUGCGAUGGCGAACUAUAGUCAUCUCUAAUCCGUCACUAUGGUCCCAUAUAUCUGUGUGCCCGGAGGAAACACCAUCAUUCCUUCUAACGCGUAUUCUUCGUUCUUUGGAUAUACCUAUUAAUGUCGACAUAUGUCCUUGGCCAACACCGUUCCCAAGAGCUGCACCACAGUCGUUACUUGUUCAACUGAACAUCAUUCUCCGUUAUGCAAGUCGGUGGCGCUCACUCACUCUUCGGUCUGAACUGGUGGAACCGAUGUUCUCUUUUGUUUUGCUUUAUGUUACGCGUUACGGAACAUAUCUACCAUCCCUCGAAUGUGUGAGGCUAUAUGGUUCUAAGAUGCAAGUCCAUCUUUGGUCGCGGGCCCUCUUUUUCGACGAGCCUUGCACUCCAAGGCUUUCCACCCUCGAGGUUACCAACAUGAAGAUACGUCCUGCCAUAAAUGCCUGCAACUCGACAAUCACAACUCUAGUCCUCACAAAAGAUAUACCAUCAGAGAUUGUAAUUACGACUUUCAACGAUUUCAUGCGUGUUUUCGCCUCAUUUCCUUUCCUCACCUCAUUGGUAACCUACGGUCUCGUGGUCGACAUUCCCUCACAUCAGUCGUUCACUGGUAAUCACCAGUACCCCACCCUCCGCACCCUAGGCAUCCAUCGCAUCGAUGACGCGCGUUUUUCCUCGAUGAUCGUCACUCUUGCAUUAAUGUUUCCCGGUGUUACACACCUCAAUUUGACAGGGCCGUGGGCUGCUUCCUCGUUACUCGAAGCUGUACGACAAGUAUCUGCAGAGCAGAUAUGGCCAGGCCUCCAGAAACUCGUGCUGAAUACUUUUAUUGGCCAUAGAUGGUCACAAAUCCAUUCAUUCCUUGAAACGCAUAGUGGUGGGGACGGCAAAUAUAGGGCACACUAA